AGGCGCAUGCUUUACACGUCAUCACUAAAGACCUUUCUUGUCCCUCGUGUUGUAACAUGGUUGUCUUUAAGCUGAGUAGCCUGUCAAUGAUACACAAUCAGUACCAGAAUUAAACGUUUAUUCGGAGAUUUAUUCGGUUACGCCAUGCCUCGCUACGAACUAGCCCUGAUCCUGAAGGCGAUGCAGCGGCCGGAAACGGCGGCGGUUCUCCGGCGGACAGUGGAGACACUGAUAGAACGGGGUGCAGUGGUGAGAGACCUGGAGAACCUGGGAGAGAGACUGCUGCCAUACAAGAUAAGCAAGCACGAUCAGAGUCACAGGCGAGGGUCUUACUUUCUGGUCGAUUUCUAUGCAGCCCCCGGCAUCCUUACGGACUUAUUGAAUCACUUGCACCGUGAUGUGGACGUGGUGAGGCCCACUGUGCUGAAGAAGGAAACCCAGGUCUCCAAUAGUCAUAGCUGUGGAUACAAAGAGUGAUCGAAUGUUUUCACCACUCAUAUCAGGAAGAUGUACAGUGUGAUGCUUCCUUCUUUGACCAUUUCCAUAGUUGUUGGCCUGCAUUUGGAUGUUGUCUUAAUAAACUUUUUCUUACCUGCAAA